AUGCACCUGCCCGGCUGCGCGCCAGCCAUGGCCGACGGCAGCUUCUCGCUCGCCGGCCACCUGCUCCGCAGCCCGGGCGGGAGCAGCUCGCGGCUCCACAGCAUCGAGGCCAUCCUGGGCUUUACCAAGGACGACGCCCUCCUCGGCGCCCUCCCCGCGGAGCGGGGGGCUCGGGGCGCCAAGGAGCGGGAGAGGCGGCUGGGGGGGCGGCCGGCCUGUCCGAAGGUGCCCGGGGGAGGCGCCGGGCUGUCCCCACCGCCCGCCCCGGCGCCCGGCUCCGACUACGAAGCCCCUCGCCCCUGCUGCCCCAAGGAGCCCGGAGAGGCCCGGCCGAGCCCAGGGCUGCAGGUUGGCCCCGGGGUGGGCGAGGCCAAGCCGUCGGAGGAGGAGCAGCCCAAGAAGAAGCACCGGCGGAACCGCACGACGUUCACCACGUACCAGCUGCACGAGCUGGAGCGCGCCUUCGAGAAGUCGCACUACCCCGACGUGUACAGCCGCGAGGAGCUGGCGGGCAAGGUCAACCUGCCCGAAGUCCGCGUCCAGGUGUGGUUCCAGAACCGACGGGCCAAGUGGCGGCGGCAGGAGAAGCUGGAGGUGUCGUCCAUGAAGCUGCAGGACUCGCCCCUCCUCUCCUUCAACCGCUCCCCGCCGUCGGCGGCCCUGGCGCCCCUCGGGGCGGGCCCGGGCGGGGGUGGCGGGCCCCCCGGGGGCGCCUUGCCGCUCGAGUCCUGGCUCGGUCCACCGCUGCCCGGCGGGGGCGCCACGGCCCUGCAGAGCCUGCCUGGCUUCGGGCCCCCGACGCAGGGCCUGCCGGCCAGCUACACCCCGCCACCCCCGCCGCCCUUCCUCAAUUCCCCGCCGCUGGGCCCGGGCCUGCAGCCCCUGGGGCCGCCGCCCCCCGCCUACCCGUGCGCCCCGGGCUUCGGGGACAAGUUCCCGCUGGAGGAGGCGGAUCCGCGGAACAGCAGCAUCGCGGCGCUGCGCCUCAAAGCCAAGGAGCACAUCCAGGCCAUCGCCAAGCCCUGGCAGGCCCUCUAG